ACAUGGGAAGCAUGCAUGCCCAGCCCAGCCUCCGUUUGACCCUUUCCGCUCGGGGCCGAGAGCCCCAGACCCAAGCACGAUUCCGUAACCUAAUCUCCCUUUUCCACCGUAAUAAACCCGCGCGCUCUAUAUAUAUAUACGACCGCCAUCGGCGCCAACUCGUAACAGGCGACGGAGUUCCUUCAUCUUCUAAUUGUCCAUCCACCAUUUUAUCAGCGAGCCCAAGCACACAGAGCAACGCACGCGAGAGCGCGAGCUGGUGGGCAGGGCCAAGCCGAGCAGCAGGAAGCGAGAGAGCGAGCGUCGACGAUGGCGGCGGCUGGGUGGUGGUGCUGGCCGAUGCCGGCGUGGCUGGGCUCCGGCGCGGCGUGGUUCGUGGCCCUCAACCUCGUCGUGGGCGCCAUCUUCGCCCUGUCCUCCCGUGCGCAGCCGCAGUCGCCCUCGCCGCGCCGCGCCGGGAUCACGCGCAGGGCCUCGUCGGCGGUGCUGCAGCGCAUCCGCUCCUUCAACAUCUUCUCCUUCCCGUCCUCUUACCUCUACACAGCAGACGCAGAGCCGAGCCCGCGCGCCGCCGCCGCCACCUUCCGACAAACAGAGGACGCGGGGACGCCGAGGACGAGGUCGCCAUCGACGCCGCGUGUACCAGUACCACGCCCACACGCGACGGCAGGGCCCGCGAAGGAAGACGCCGUGGAGGACGAGAACUCGAUGAGCAUGGACGAGGCGUACGCGCUCGCGCUAGCGGGGCGGCAGCGGGCGCCGCCGACGGAGGAGGAGGCGGCCGGGUCCGAGGUGGACGCCAAGGCGGAGGAGUUCAUCCAGGGGUUCAAGGAGGACCUCAGGCAGCAGCGCCUCAAAUCCAUCUUCAACUACACCCAGAUGCUCAAGCGCCGCGCCGCCGCCGGCCGCCCGCCUGCCGCCGCUCCAGAAUGAUAUGCUCGUCGUACUCAUGCCGAUGGUUGGCCAUGGCCUGAUCGUUUCGGUCCGUGGCUUGACUUGCUGCCCUGGACGUCGCCGCCGGUCCACCUGCGGUUCACGAUGUUCAUUGCUUCAUUUUUUCCUUUUUCUUUAGAGAGGAUUGCUUGGUGUGUUUGUUUUAAAAAAAGUUAGAGCUGGCCUUUUUUAGUUGCUUGCUCUCGUGUACAUAGGCUUUUUGGUUGUUGGUUUGUGCAGAUUGUUUGUAGUGGCUUUUCCUUUUUAUUAUUGGCUUCAACUCCUGUACAUAGGCAUUUUGGAUUUGCCUGUAUGUACCGCAUGUCGUGUUCUUUUAUUUGUAUGCACAUUCUUUUAUUUGUUGUAA